ACGAGGAGUUGUGGCCGGUGGCUGUGUUGUGUAUGUCCUAUGUAUACUGUGUUGUCCACGUGUUGUUUACCAUCAAGUGUGUAGUGAGAGUGAGUGUUUAUUGGGAUUUUGUCUGUACUAUUCAUGUGUUUUCUUUUUCGUGUUACUAUUGUACACGAUUAUCAUACCAUGAUUGUUAUUAAUUAAUUUUAUGAAACUGCUUGUUUUGUACCUCUUAACAAUGAGAAAGUUGGCUCAUUUAAAGUAUGUAGUGUGGUGAAUACAUGGAUAGUUACCUACUCUUAUUUUAACCCUAUGGCUGCCAAGUAAUUUGAAAUGUUUUUGUUCAAUAAGUAGGCUAUCGUGUGAGUUCAACGUCUGCUAGUAGGCCGCUAUUUUGUUUUGACUGAUCAACUGCCUGUCAGAAGAUCGUGAUUAUGUUAUGGGUUGUGUUUAACCCAUUGUACUAGUUCAAAUUUAGUCACUUCAGCACUUAAAAUACUUCAUAUUAAUAGAAAGAAGAUUUGACCUGAAAGAUAAAGAUGUAUAUUUUACACAAUAUCAAUCCGACUCUAGUUUAAAAGAUAUAGAGGACAGUUAUGAAAUAGACCCAGGCUAAUGGUCAACAUUUUUUAUUGAGUGAUUUUCAUUGUCAGUGAGAAGUUCUAUUGACUAGGCCUAGCCUAAUAUAUGAUCCUACAUUUUUGACUUCAUCGCAUAGUUUUUUAGUUUGAAUUCUUGGGUGUUACUAGAAUUUGUUGUUUGAGAUUAUGAUAUAGUGCUAGUGUUAUAAAAAUGAAAGUGGAAAAAAAUCUACCGCAACAUGUUAAAUAUUGGUUAUCGGCCACAUCAAAAAAUGACUGUUUCUUUGUUUUAAAGUCAGAAUUAGAUGAAACUGUCAGAAUUGGAGCAAUGAAAGUCUUUGUAUGUGCAUAUAGUGAGCCUCUGCGGAACAUGCUAGAACUCAGUGAGUUGGUUGAACAGAACGAUGUGAAGAUUGAAGAUGUUGAGGCAGGAACAUUUUGGACUUUCUUGAAAUGUCUUUAUGGAGGGAGUGAUUAUGUGAUACCAAGGCUUUCAUGUGAGGAAAGUAUCAGAUUAUUGUAUGUGAUGGAAAAGUAUCUGGUAACUGAGCUAAAACCAAAAGUUGUGUUUCACAUUCUACAAGUGUUGCCAUUGGUCUUUGAAAAUAUAUUUUGUACAAUGUCAAGUCAAGUUUGUUUCUUAGAUGAGAGUUUAGAAGAUGCUAUUAUGGAAAUUGUAGCACUUAAAACCAAGGAAAUUUUUACUUCAGAAUUAUUUCUGCAGCUGAGUUCUUUGAGCGUGUUACGGAUAGUGAAGGCAGAUCAUUUGAAUACAAGUGAGACUAAUGUCUGGGAUGCUGUGGUGAAGUGGGCAAGACACACUACUGAGUCUGGCGAUGGGGAGAUUUUGAGAAACCUAUUACGACCGCAUUUGAAAUUUAUUCGUGUCUGUACUUUUAGUUGUGAAGACUUCUGUAAAAAAGUGGUUUCAACUGGUAUAUUGACUUGUGAAGAAGUGAAUGAGAUUUGCAAGUAUUUCGGUACUGGUGUUGCUCCGCAGUUAGAAUUCAUAUGUGAUUCUACUGAUCCUCGAAGUAAAUUAGUUGUCACUGAAAAAACAUUCUACCAUAUUGUUAAUGACAUCUCGGAAUUGAAAAGUGUUGGUUAUAAAUCUCAAUUAUUCAUGUUUGUAGACUAUUUUUGGCACAUCCUAGUUCAGAAGAGGGAUGACAAUUUAGCCUUGUUCGUGGCAUGCAGUGGAAACCCUGAUGACUUGUCUUGGAAGUUAAACAUAAAUGCUGAAAUUUGUCUUGUCAAUCAAGAAAGAAAUCAAAAUUUUAGUAGGCACUUUUCACAUUGUUUUUGUAUUGAUAAAGACGAUUGGGGCUGGAGAAACUUCCUGACUUGGAGUGCACUUUCAGAUGGAUAUGUAAAAGAUAAUACUAUUAUUGUUAAAGUGCACUUAAAAACAGGUUCAAUUGAUAAAGAGAUAGACUGAUGAGUUCCUUGGAAUUAAACUGGCAUUUGAAACAAACACUUUGAAUAUCAAAAAUAUUUAAAUGAUGAUACUAAACUUGUAUUCAAUGCUUUAUACUUGAUGUGAUUUUGUUAAUUUUUAUAAUAUAUAAAUGAUCUUAAACAAUA